AGCUUUGCGAUGAGCAUGCGCGCACGAUGCGAGGCGGCAGCUGCCAGGAGCAAGGUGGGAGAUCUCUGAGAAGAUCGUCCUCGAUUCCAUCCAAUCUCAAGGAUGCCGCGAGCCCUGUUUUCUCAGGGCCGCCGCCGAUCGUCAGGCGAUUGAAGAGCGCUAGUGAGUCUCGGCGCUUGGCUGUCGAGAAAUUCAGGAGUGAGGAUUCCAGGCCAGAUGAUAGCUGGAUCAUUGUGGAUAAGGAGGAGGCGGAGCCUGGAUCAAAGGCGAGGGAUGAUCGGGAUAACCCCCGGGUGAAAAAAUCGAAGUCGAUGGAUUCUUUGGAGGAGUCUCAUGGCUCUCGAGUCGCGGAUGGAGUUUCUAACUGGAACACUACACAGUUCGUGAGACUUUUCAUCUAUGCGUCGCUCGCUCUUUUGCUUAUACUGUCCUACUUCGCGCUGAUUGUGUACACCCUGGUUUUGCGAGCAGAGCGACAAAACGUCAAGGAAUCUCUUGUCAAACUCCAGGCACAAAUCGAGACAUGCACAACGAGAAUGAGCACUCUGGAAACAAAUCUUGACCAGAAACCGGCUAGGAGGCUUGCACUUUUUGUGACUGUCUUCUUUCUUGCUAUGCCUUUUCUAAUUCUGAGAGUUAUGGAUGACAUACACAGCAAGCUAACGAGAAACAUCACAGACGAAGAAGUCCCUCCGAGCAAGAGGUUAGCGUAUCUCGUGGACUUGAUAUUUUCGAACGCAAUUGCAAAGCCGAUUGCUCUACUUCUCGCAACAAUGCUUCUAAUAGCUUUCGGUGGGAUUGCAUUAUAUUCUGUUACUGAGGAUACUUUUGAAGAUGCGCUAUGGCGAACUUGGAGUUAUGUAGCGGAUUCUGGCAACCACGCUGACAGCGUCGGCUUGGGUUCCAGAAUCGUAUCAGUUUGUAUCAGCCUUGGCGGGCUGCUUAUUUUUGCUCUCAUGCUCGGUCUUAUUUCGGAUGCCAUUUCAGAGAAAGUAGACUCGCUUCGAAAGGGAAAGAGCGACGUCAUUGAGAGCAACCACACUUUGAUCCUUGGAUGGAGCGACAAACUUAACUCGCUGCUAAACCAGCUUGCAAUUGCCAACCAAAGUUUAGGUGGUGGGGUGAUCGUCAUUCUUUCUGAAAGAGAUAAAGAGGAAAUGGAGGCCGACAUUGGGAAGAUGGAAUUUGAUUUUCUCGGAACUUAUGUCAUCUGUAGAAGUGGAAGUCCUCUCAUCAUGGCCGACCUUAAGAAGGUUUCAGUGUCUAAGGCUCGUGCCAUUAUAGUACUUGCAGAACCUGGGAACGCUGAUCAGAGCGAUGCUCGGGCCUUGAGAGUGGUUUUAAGUUUGACAGCAGUGAAAGAAGGAUUGAAGGGUCACGUCGUGGUCGAACUCAGUGACAUAGAUAACGAACCACUGGUGAAACUUGUUGGAGGCGAUCUGGUAGAAACGGUCGUGGCACAUGAUGUUAUUGGUCGACUUAUGAUUCAAUGCGCUCGUCAACCGGGGCUUGCACAGAUAUGGGAGGAUAUACUUGGAUUUGAUAACGCGGAAUUCUAUCUUAAACGAUGGCCACAGCUUGUUGGGAUGACAUUUGAAGACGUUCUUGUUUCAUUCCCUGAUGCGAUACCUUGCGGGGUUAAGGUAGCAGCUAACGCAGGCAAAAUUGCCUUGAAUCCAGAUGAUGACUACAUCAUAUGCGAGGAUGAUGAAAUUCUAGUGAUUGCAGAAGAUGACGACAGUUACUUUCCAAGUUCGCUACCGAAGGUGAAGAAAGCUGCACUACCGAAGAUUGUAAUUCCUCGAAAAUAUCCCGAGAAAAUGCUGUUUUGUGGUUGGCGGCGAGAUAUAGAUGACAUGAUUGUUGUUUUAGAGGCUUCUCUUGCACAAGGAUCGGAGCUAUGGAUGUUCAGCGGCGUGCCAGAGCAUGAAAGAGAAAAGAAGCUUAUCGACGGUGGCCUUGAUCCCAAGCGGCUUGAGAACGUCCAUCUGGUGCAUCGUGAGGGAAACCCUGUUAUCCGAAGACACCUCGAAAGCUUGCCGCUGGAAACAUUUGACUCGAUAUUGAUUCUGGCAGAUGAGGAGCUUGAAGAUUCGGUAAUCCACGCAGACUCGCGCUCUUUAGCUACUCUACUACUGAUACGUGACAUCCAGUCAAAGCGAUUACCAUACCGAGAUCUAAGAGCUGUCCAAGUCCGGCAGGCUGGAUCCCUGCAAACCUCCUGGAUACGAGAAAUGCAGCAGGCAUCAAACCAGUCAAUAAUCAUCAGCGAGAUCCUCGACUCGAGAACAAAACACCUGGUCUCGGUGUCCAAGAUCACCGACUGCGUCCUCUCCAACGAGCUCGUGAGCAUGGCUCUGGCAAUGGUAGCGGAAGACAAGCAGAUCAACCGAGUUCUGGAGGAGCUAUUCGCUGAAGAAGGGAAUGAGAUCUACAUUCGGUCGGGCGAGCUCUACUUAUACGACCAGGAAGUGCUGAGCUUCUUUGAGCUGAUGAUGCGCGCGAGAAAGCGGCAAGAGAUAUUGAUCGGAUAUCAAGCAGCUUGUGCCGACCGUCCUUCCAUCAAUCCCGCCAAGAAACACGCUGCAAGGAAAUGGUCUACUAACGAUGUUUUCAUUGUUCUCGCGUACAGUGAGUGAGGAAGGAGGAAUAGUGUAUAACAACAUUGGUUUUACAUUGGGCACACGUAAAA